CUUCUGCCUGUUGUCUCCUUGCAGAUUGUGUCUGGAAUCAAGUAUAACAUGGAAGUUGAGAUUGGCCGGACAAAGUGCACAAAGUCAGUAGCUGAUCUCCAGAGCUGUGCUUUUCAUGAUGCACCAGAGAUGGCUAAGCAUGUCACUUGCAACUUUGUAGUGUACGUUGUUCCUUGGCUAAACCAAAUCAGACUACUGAACAGCAGCUGCGAGUAAGCCUCCUUUGGUUCCAGCAGAAACCAGCAACCAGUUGCUCAGAUUUAAAAAAGAAAGCAAUAACCUGAAUUGAGAUGGGACUAUCUAUUGCUCUUAACUCAAAUACUUAUGUAUGCUUGUGCUAUGCAAGUUAAACUACGUAACCUUCCUUUAAAGCACAAUAUGAUCUCAACUUUGUUUUCCUUCUUUAUAGUUGUAUUUUGGAACAGUUGUUUCCAAGUUUAUCUUCUCCCAGCUUUCCCAAUAAAAUAACUCCCACAUCAGAAUUCUUUAAAAAAAAAAAAAACACACACACA